AUGCGGCUCUUGUGCCUGCUUGCGCUGAUCCCGCUCGUUGUGGCGGAUUGCACGUGCAGCAGCAUCAUCGAGGACCGCAACAAGAGCCAGGCCCUCAAGUACAAGCUUACGGCCUUGGCGUUGAUCCUCGUGGCAGGCACGAUUGGGGUGUGCCUCCCGAUCCUUGGGAAGACGAUCCCGGCUUUGCAUCCCGAGAGAAGUAUCUUUUUCAUCGUCAAGGGGUUCACGGCUGGGCUGAUACUGUCCACAGGGUUCGUACACAUCCUCCCGGAUGCCUUUGUCAGCUUGACCUCGCCGUGCCUGAGCGAGACCCCGUGGGGGCAUUUCCCAUUCGCAGAGUUCGUGGCGAUGCUUGCCGCCCUCUGGACAUUGAUGGUGGACACUGUCGCCACUUCUUAUUAUAAGAAGUUGCAUGCCGACAAGGCCAGAGAAAACCAUGGCCAUGUUCACGUGCACACGCAUGCAACUCACGGCCACUCUCAUGGUUCCAUGUCGGCGGACUCGGAUCUCGUGCGGCAUAGAGUGAGAUCUCAGGUGCUACAGUUGGGGAUUCUGAUGCACUCAAGGAUCAUAGGGAUCUCGUUGGGAGCUUCAGAGAGUCCAAGUAUAAUUAGGACUCUUGUUGCUGCCUUGACCUUAUACCAAUUCUUCGAAGGCAUAGGUCUCGGUGGACGCAUCGCUCAGGCCAAGUUUAAGACUAGGGCAAUCGUAAUCAUGGCCCUGUUCUACUCCCUCACAACCCCAGCUGGGAUUGCUAUAGGAUUGGGAGUCAGCAACGUGUAUGAUGAGACCAGCCCAACCGCACUCAUUGUGGAGGGCAUCUCCAAUGCAGCAUCUUCUGGGAUAUUGAUUUACAUGGCCCUGGUCGAUCUUCUUGCUGCUGAUUUCAUGAGCCCUAAGUUGCAGAACAACAGGAGGCUGCUGUUUGGGACCAAUAUGGCUCUUCUUCUUGGUGCUGGUUGCAUGUGUCUCUUGGCCAAAUGGGCUUGAAGCAAAGGAAG